UCCGACCUUGACCCCACGACACCAUGGUGCCAACUACGGGCUUCAUGCGCGCGCUGCGCAGCAACGCCAUUGCCCUUCUAGGCAGCGAUGUGCAAGCCACCAAGGAGCUGUUUCAGCUGCUGGAUGCAGGGGCUGCGUCGGAUUAUCGCUUUGCCAAGGCCUUGUUGCAAGGCAGAAAGACACUGCCCUGGAAAAGAGAUUGGCAGGAGAAACGUGCAGAUCCCCAGCUCUUAUGGGCCCACCCCACGUCCCAUGCCACUGGCGCCCCGGACCUCUAUACCCCGCUGAGCAGCGUGCUGCUGGCCUCCCCACGGCAUCGCCUGGCGGCCAUGCUGCAGAAGUGGGGCCUUGCGGAUGAGAAGGACGCCGCCGUCCAGAUGCAGCUGGGAGGGGCCAAUGCGGCCACUGCAGUGGCAUCGGUGGCUCACAAGAAGGCGGCCCUGCAAUUCCUGGAGCUUCCCCUGUCAUCCUUGGGCGGCCUCACAGCAAGGCGGGUGAAGGAUCUGGGUGCGAACGGGAACCCUGGAGAUGCCGCCCGCAGUGCCGCAGCAGAGUGGCGCUACGCUGCGGCCAAGCUGCUGCUGGAAUCUGCUGCAGGAAGCAGCCUGCUGGCCCUGACGGACGCGCGCGGCCGCACGGCCUUGCACCACGCCGCCGCGUCCGGCGACGCACGCAUCGUGGAGAUGCUGCUAGAGGCGGGUGCAGAGCCUGACGUCAAGGACCUGCACGGUCGCACCGCCGCGCACGUGGCGGCGGCGCAGCGUUUUCCGCUUGUGGCGCAGCAGCUGAGCGGCGGCAGCGGAAAGGACGCCUUUGGGCACUCGGUGCAGAACAUCCUGCGGCUACACGCGGAGACGGAAGUGGCCACGGUGGAGGCCGAGAACUUUUCCUUCGACUCAGACUUCAUCCCCUCCUAUGUGGCGGUGAAUCGACCUUUGCUAAUUAAAGGUGGUGCCAUGCAUCUGGAAGCCAUGAGCUGGUCAGAUUAUCGACACCUUUUGGCAGAUCUGGGCAACGAGGUGGUCCAAGCUGCUCCAGUGCCAUACUCGAAGAACAUGGGUCUGUCUGGAGGUACUGAAGCGCCCCUGGCCCAAUUACUUUCGUCUCCAAAGGUGUGGCGAAGUGAAGAGCCGCCUGCAGGGGUCCUAGAGCCUUCGGCUUCAGCCCCCUCAUACAUCUUCGAUGCCAGCGUCCUGCGCCAUCGCCGGGACGUGGUGAAACGUGCCACGGUGCUGGGUACGGCCUACAUGGAGCGGCACAUGUCCCACGUCCGGGUGCCGCAGUUCGGCGUGGGCUUCCGGGGUGCCGGGGCGCCGAUGCACACGCACCACGCGGCGCUCAACGCGUCCUUUGCAGGAAAGAAGCGCUGGUUCCUCUGUCCACCCGAAGUGGCCUCUUGGAGCCUGGACCCAGUGUCUGGUUGGAGGGAAACGGAUCGCUUCAAGAGUCAGCGCGACGCGGGGCUUCUUCUGGAAUUGGAGCAGGAACCUGGCGACUUGCUCUUCGUCCCGGAGGGCUGGGGCCAUGCGACGAUCCUGGAGAGCUAUGCAGUUGGUGUGGCACAAGAAUUUGUGCCUUGGACCAGCAUCCAUGGAUAGCGGCCACGGUGUCUCCGUAGAAAAAAAACACAUCGCGCGGCAGCAGAUCAGUGGAGGAUCAG